GUUUGUGGCUAAUGAUCUGUCCAAGUUCCAGAACCCAAAAUCACAGCCACCUCAGGUCCUCAACUGCCACUAUUUUGAGUACUUCGCAUGGUUCUACGCCACAAAUGGAGGCAGAGGAACAGAGACGAUUGUAGACACAGGUGGUGAAGAGAGAAGAUAAAGAAACGAUGAUGUCUAGUCUAUGGAGGAUAUGAAGGGUCAGUACUCCUCUGUUAAAAGAAGACGCCAGUGGACUCAAGAAGAAGAUAUCCUUCUCAAGAGAUGUGUGGAGAAGCAUGGCCAAGGAAAUUGGCAUCUUGUCCCUUCCAGGGCUGGCAUAGAGAGAUGUCGUAAGAGUUGUAGACUGAGAUGGUUGAACUACUUGUGUCCCAGCAUCAAGCGAGGUGAGUUUACUCAAGAUGAAGACGACCUCAUCUUCAAGCUACACAAGCUGUUAGGCAACAGAUGGUCAUUGAUUGCGGGUCGAAUCCCAGGCCGGACAGCAAACGAUGUAAAGAACCACUGGAAUUGCCGUUUGAGUAAAAAACUUGGUGCCUCAGAUAAGACUAAUAAGAAGCCAAUACUUGAGAGGGUUCAAGUCAUAAAACCACAGCCUCGGAUUCUUUCCAAGGGUAUAAAGAUUUGUCCAAACAAAAACAACCCAGAAAUUGAAGUGACCACAGUGAUGACCCCUCCAAGGGUUAUAAGCAAACCUGUGAGGUGUUGGGAGAGCUUGUUUAGUAAUGAAGAGGAAGAGACUACUGUAGCGUCUGGAGACAGAGAUGAGGUGAAGCAGCAAUCCAUUGGCAAUAUCCCUUGGUUUGAAGGUAUGGAGCUAGUGUCACAGGCUGAGGCUGCCCUUAUGGCUGAAGGCUAUGAGUGGGAAGCACUCACAGCUGAUAAGGAUUUGUGUUAUGGUGAUUGGUUUGAUAUGUUAUAAUUCAAGCACAAAGAAGCUGUCUGCUUCUUACUUGGUUAAGGUUUAGGUUUAGGGUAGGGUUGAGCUCAAAUGGUCUCUAAGGAGGCAGACCUGUAUGUGAGAUUAAAUUGUAUUGAAGUCGAAGAAAUAUGUAAUAGAAGUUUAUAUAGGAAUUUUGUUUCCCUUUUAUAA